AUGGACUCAUUUUCUGAAAAUGAUAUCCAGGACUAUCCUGAGGCGCUUGCCCCCUUGCCUAUUGAGCGUAGCGCAGAGAUGCCUAUGCUCUGGGACGAGGAACAUAUCAGGUUGACUGACUUCUGUGCAAGGAGUGAGUCCCUGUACGAGACGUACCUACAGCUCCCUGUAGUAGCUGCUGCCCUUGAGAAUAACCAAACCUUAAAGGACAAUAACGUUUCCGUGGCUGACACAGUCGCCGCGCUGACACGCGCUGACUGGUCGAUGCUUGAACUUUUGCAUAGCAUGGAUCUCGAGGUCGUGCAAAGCAUAGUCAAUAACACCUUUGCCUAUGACGUUGUCCAACGAAAUAUCACUUGUUUUCCAAUGCCUCGACGGGCUACUGAUGUGAUUCCUGGUGUGCAUGUCAUUGGGUUAAGUCUUGAACAAUACUGCGGCCAAUUCCUUAACACCAAGGAGAUAGAGCGCCUUUUUGAACAGAUGAAGGAGUAUGUAGCUGGGUAUAAAGCAAAUGUUAAGUACCAGUCUGCUCCGACAACCCUGUCAAAAGACGAAAAGCUUGCGCGUCAUCAUGUAAAUCGUGUAGACAAGCAUGCUGCAGGGGAGUUUGUAAAAGACAUCCCAGCCUUUAUCACAAGGGGGGAAGACAUCCCCAGUAUCGAGGCUCUUAUCAAGACAUUUGAAAAGAUGUGCGACAGGUCUCUGGACAGUACUGGGUUGACCCGGAUGUUGCAGAGUCCUCUUUACGUGGACUGCUCUACAAACCUGUACAACAGUGUUGCGGUAUACGGCGAGGACAAUGUCAGGAAUAUCACUCGACCUCUUGGCCAUACCGUUAGUAUACUGCGGAAGCUUGGACAUAAAGCUGAGCUGACUAUCGGAAACGUUGUGCGGGUUUGGAAGUCUGAUCAGCUGCCAAAAGCAGAGCAGCUGGUCACAAAUCUUGCAGGAUCCCUUGUAUAUCAACAUGAAUUUAAUGCAAUUGAAGAGGGAGCGACUAGCCAUGGAACUAUCACUGAUGAUGAGGGCCUGAGGACCAAUACGGCGUAUCUUUUUUCGGGUAUCCGUAUCUUCGAUUCGAAUCUCCGUGAUAGUCUCGAAGAGGCCGCUCUCUGCGAAAGGUACCUGAAGGACAUGAACCGCGUUAAUGCCCAUCUGAUUGAAAUAAUCGAUUUCCUUGACGAGUGCACGAAAGAGCUAGAAAGUCUUCCGCCCGACUUCCAAUGGAACGAGACACUAUCGGAAUUUGAGAAGCUUAUACAGAAGCUCAAUAAAGAUGUAGAGGAUAUGGAGGGAGCACUAAAGUUCUGGAAGCUCAUCCUUGAUAUCCAAAAUAUCGUCAUUAAAGAGACUGGCAGAGCGCUGCCCCUUGGAUUGGGAAGCGACUAG